CCUGAACCUGCGUCAGCUUAAGCUGAAGGAAUUUUAAUAAACCCUCCCUUGUAGGCGUGGGCCUAAAUGAGACUAGCCUAGUUAAGCCUGAUCUUUUUCUGUUUGUGAAAAAGAGCUGAGCAGAGCUAGGGACUGCAUGGUGGCUCCAGGAACGGCUUCCUUAAUUCAAAGAUAACAAUGGUUGGGAAGGCCAGAUCUUCUAAUUUUACCUUAUCUGAAAAGCUCGAUUUGCUAAAACUCGUGAAGCCGUAUGUUAAAAUUCUCGAGGAACAUACCAAUAAGCAUUCUGUAAUAGUGGAAAAAAACAAAUGCUGGGAUAUUAUAGCUGAUAACUACAAUGCCAUCGGAGUAGAUCGCCCUCCUCGUACUGCACAGGGCCUGCGCACGCUGUACAAGAGGCUCAAAGAAUAUGCCAAACAGGAGCUAUUGCAGCAAAAGGAGACUCACUCAGAUUGUAAAAGCAGCAUUUCUGAGCCAACCAAGAAAGUUGUGGAGAUGAUUCCACAGAUUUCCAAUGUGUGUUUAAGAGCGGUGUUCAAAGUCAAGUUGUCAGAAACAACAUUAGUAACCACCAUACAGGCAGCUCUUUUGUUUCUCAAUUCCUUCUUUCUCUCUUUGCUGUCUAAUUGUUUUCCUCUUAAGAAGCUGACUAAGGAAAAAAAAAACAAGCCUCAUCAGAGUUACCUGAAGAUUUGUGCUAGUAUCGAUAAAGAAACAAUUGCUGGUACCAGUUCACCACAGGCAAUGUUGGAUCACCAUCCUGCGACAGUCAUGAUGGACUUGCAGUCAGAAGAGGAUGUCAAACCUCCUCCUUCUCUGAUCAUAGACUCACAGCAAAAUGAGAACUUAGGACAAGAGGAAGAACACCAGCUGGUGCAUAUUAUGGAAAGGUCUCCUUCAACGUCAGUGUCUUCAGUUGAUAUGAGAGUGAUGAUGUCUCCUUCCCCUGUACCAAGGAGAGAUGAGUUUUUUAGGCUUGAGGUUGGAGAACGCUUUAGACCAAUGUGUGGUUAUGACCCACAGAUGUUACAAAUGCUGAAAGAGGAGCAUCAAAUAAUAUUAGAAAACCAAAGAAAAAUUGGUCUUUAUGUCCAAGAGAAAAGGGAUGGUUUGAAAAGAAAGCAGCAACUGGAAGAAGAACUGUUGCGAACAAAAAUCAAAGUAGAGAAGCUGAAGGCAAUACGACUACGCCGUGAUCUGCCAGAAUACAGCAAUAUCUAAAUAUUUUAUUACUUCUGUCAUAUUCCUUGAAAUACUUAAUAAUAAAUGCAAAAUUGUUUUUUAUGCUAAUAUGGAUGGAUCAAAAUCUGGGCUUGAGAUGUGAAAGCAUUGUUUAAGUACCCUAGAAAAAUACCUCGUAUGGGUUUGUAUGCACCAACUUUUCUGGACUAAAGUAUAAUCAGAUCCAUGUUUAAGUGUUUAGAUUGAUAAAAACCCAAACUUUAAAAAUAUUUCCACUUAUCUCUAGAGUUGUGAUGAGCUAAUGGAAAUUUAAGUCAGCUCUUGUUAAAAAUUUUGGUCAUAUGCAUUAUUUUUUCAAAUAAUCACCUUAAAUAUCUGAAUGAAGUUGCAGGUAAAUAAAUGCAUAUAAGAAGGAGAAAUAAGAGGCUAUGUUUAAAUGUUUUACUCUUUUCAAGUUGGUAAAUCUUACGACAGUAGUGACAUUUUGCUGAUAUGUCAGCUUGGAAAACAAAAUACUGGAUUGUUAUAUUUUUUUAAUGUUCAGUAGGCAGUUGAAUAAAUGUGCAUCUUUUAAAAAGUUAAUACUUUUAAAUUGUUUCCAGUGGAGAAGUGUUUCCAUAGGAUGUUAUCAAAAUAGAGACAAUGAAUGCAACACUUGGUUUUUAAAACUGCAUGCAUGUGUAAUUUGUGUGUACAGUUACCAUGAUUGUGUAUUCAGUUAUAGUAAUUAUACUGGUGAUCAACCACAUAAAUAUCUACUUUGCUCAUUUGCAUGCAUAAUUACUACAAUGCAUGUGCAACCAAGACAGUUGCAGGUGCCUUUGAUCAAUAUCACUAUAAGCUACUGAAAUAAAAUAGUUUCUGUAUGUAAGUAACAUGUGACUUGAAAUCAUCAGAAGAUUGUGUUAUUCUGGGUCCCUUUUAUAGAUACUGUUGUUCCGAUCUUUCGAUUAGUUUCAAAUAAAAAACCCCAAAUGAAAACAAAA